CUCCAAUUUUGUGGUUCAUUUAUAACUCUCAAGCAAACAUCAAAACUCUUUCUUUUUUCGUUUUUUUUCAUUCAGAGACAAGCUCCACUUUCUCUCUUUCCCUUUGAAUUUUUGCAAAACAAGCUAAACAUAUAUACAAUUCAUUCGAUAAAAAAAGAAGGCCUUUUCCUUUCCUCUUUCCUAAGCUAUAAAUACUACGAGUUCUCUCUUUUUUUAGCAAAUAAGCUUUUAAACGCCUUAAAUAACAAACAAUAGGACUUGCACAAAUACAUGUAAUUGAGUUUUACGUUUAUAAGCUUAGUAAUAUUUGUGUCAAAAGACAAUCUUUUUGUUGGAAGAGUUGUUGAUUGUACAAAAGAAUCACUGGAAAUGGAGUUUUACGCAUACCCAUCUCGUGCUUUGCCUGUUUCAUCGUCUAUUUGUUCGUUUUGCAUACGGGAUUUGGUAGAUAGGGCCAAAGAUUUCUUUAGCGCUGCGGUAUCUGCAAUCAUCGGCAGUCUCUUCUCUGCAAUCUUCACCUUCUUCUUUGCUUUAGUGGGAACCUUAUUAGGAGCACUGACUGGAGCUUUGAUAGGCCAAGAGACAGAGAGUGGAUUUGUUAGAGGUGCUGCGGUAGGUGCCAUAUCUGGCGCUGUUUUCUCUCUUGAAGUCUUUGAGUCAUCUCUGUUACUAUGGCAGUCGGAUGAAUCUGGAAUUAGAUGUCUUCUUUACUUGAUUGAUGUACUCACGAGCCUGUUAAGUGGUCGAUUGGUUCGUGAACGGAUAGGUCCAGCUAUGCUAAGUGCAGUCCAGAGUCAGAUGGGAGCUGUUGAAACUGCAUAUAACGAGGCCCCUAACAUUUUUGAUACGGGAGGGGCUAAAGGUUUGCGUGGAGAUUCUGUUGAAAAAAUCCCCAAGAUUGUAAUCACAAAUGGUAGCAACUUGGAUGAUUCUGGAGAGAGAGUCUCUUGUUCAGUCUGCCUUCAGGACUUUCAACUAGGGGAAACUAUUAGAUGUUUGCCACAAUGUAAUCACAUGUUUCACUUGCCGUGUAUAGAUACAUGGCUGUUGAAACAUGGCUCGUGCCCAAUGUGCAGAAGGGAUCUGUAGUUGCUCCGUAAAUUAUGACAAGGUUAUAUAAUUUCUUCAUAGUUGAGGUUUCUUUAGUUCUCUUUCUUCACUUGUACCAAUUUUAAAUGGAAACCUUUGUAUUUAUUGGCGAGUAUGUGCCGUUUCAAGUUUGGUCGUUGUAGACAAUUAAUUACCUGUAGAUUGAGCUAUCAUAGUGUUCAUUCUCUGACUCACAUGCACCAAUCAUUAGGCUGAUGAUAAUACUAUAUAAAAGUCGGACCACGCUUAAUUUUGGUAA